ACAGAUCUAUAAAUAAUGGGGAUUGGGCAAAGUGCUACAUGUUGUUGACAAAUUUGGUUUGUGUUAGUGGAAAGCUUCGCCUGCCUUAGUGACUGCACAUCAAUAUGUCUAGAUACUUUUAGCUAUUGUAUUUUAAGCAUACAGUUUUUAUCUUGUACCUCCAGUCAUUAAAUCAUAUAUACAUAUUAAAAAUAACUAUAAUUAUUUUUUACAUACUGGAAACCGCAAGCUAAUGUAAUUUUACAAUCAGGCAAACGCAUGGGCAUCUAUUACUACGUGCAAUUGUGAUGGCGGAUAAACUUGUUGAUGUUGAGUUGGCAGUUUGGCUCUAGCGUAAAUUAUUUCUGCUGUCCUAUGGUUUCUUUUAAGAGCUGUCACCUGCGCUGUAUAUAUUUUAAAUUUAAGCAUAUGUUAAAAGCAGCUAGUUUGCUGACGGUCCUGUUUUGUGCUUAUGCGGUCGCCACGCAGUGGUGCAGCAGCAAUUCGGAUUCACCUCAUUAGCUAGGCAGCUAAUACAUUUUCAUCAGGCGUGCUGGUGGACGGAUGAGGCCGUUGUCAUGACACUGAGGAGAGUAAACGUGGUCAUCCUUGUGCUGCUGGUUGUGGCCUUCCUGAUCAUAGUUCAACGAAAUCUCCUCAACCUCAGUGACUUUUUACACAAGGAAAACCCAGAUGCAGGGAUGAUUCUUCCCUUUGAAUCGGAGUUGUCUCCAGACCUCAGACUAGAGGCGGUAAGGAAAGGAGAGGAGAUCCCUGUCCUCAUCACUGCUGCUGAGGAAAGACUUGGUGCUGUGGUUGCUGCCAUGAACAGUGUCUACCAGAACAGUAAAGCCAAUGUCGUCUUCACCAUAGUGACCAUGAAUGACACGGUGGAUCACCUAAAAGUGUGGCUUAGUAAGACAAACCUAAAAAAUGUCAAAUAUAAAAUAGUUAUUUUCAAACCUGACCUCCUCAAUGGGAAGAUAUCUAAAGAUCCUCAGAUGCUGGAGGCUGCAAAACCGUUGACUUUUGCCAGGUUUUAUCUACCUGUAUACAUACCAGAGGCAGAGAAAGCUAUCUAUUUGGAUGAUGAUAUCAUUGUACAAGGGGACAUUCAGGAGCUUUAUGAAACCAACCUCAAACCAGGGCACGCGGCAGCCUUUUCAGAUGACUGUGAUUCAGCGUCUGCUAAGGGCAUUGUUCGAGGGGCUGGAAAUCAGAGGAACUAUAUAGGUUUCCUGGACUUCAAGAAACAGGCUAUAAAGAAGCUGGGGAUGAGGGCCAACACAUGCUCUUUCAACCCCGGGGUCAUCAUCGCAAACCUGACUGAGUGGAGGAACCAGAACAUCACCCGGCAGCUCGAGCACUGGAUGGAACUUAACACGCAGGAGGAUCUGUACAGUAAAACACUGGCAGAGAGUAUCACCACCCCCCCACUCCUCAUUGUUUUCUACAAACGUCACUCCACCCUCGACCCCAUGUGGCACGUCAGGCACCUUGGCACCACAGGUGCUGGAAACCGCUACUCCCCACAGUUUGUGAAAGCUGCCAAACUCCUCCACUGGAAUGGACACUAUAAGCCCUGGGGGAGAACAUCCUCCUUUUCUGGCGUGUGGGACAAGUGGUUCAUUCCAGACCCCACAGGAAAAUUUCAUCCUGUGCGAAGACACACAGGGGACAACUAGACGGAAAAAUUUGGUUUCAGGAACUUUCGACCAGCCAAGCCAGCUCUGUCCCAGCAGGACCACGCCUUGCGAUAUCUCAGGAACUAAGUAAGGCCUUUGCCAUUGCCAGCCCUGUACUUGAGUUCUGUCAUCCUCUGCACAUGUAGACCUGUGUACUCUCACAUUCCCUUGAACACAGAAUUGGCCUUUUUUUUUUAUACCGAAUACAUCUUUAUUAUUGCUUGGAGUGCACAAAUAUUUCACAUUUCUUUAAUUCUGAAACUCUGUGCCCUUGAGAUUGCUUUGAUACGCACUUCUCAAAAUGCUUCACUAAAAAGGCACAGACUGUUUUCCUCCCUAUAAUAAGAGCAGUGUUUCAUUCUGAACAUGAUUAGAGACUUAUUACAUCUUAAUAGACAUGGAUGCAUAAAUUAUAGUGAAAGUACUGAUGGCUUAAGUAGGUACAUUUACAUGCAGCUUAAAACUGACUCAUUUACUUUAUUUGCAAACUAAAGGAGUUUUUACAUUUACCUCAGCUAUAAUGGUGUAGCACAGUCAACCCCACACUUUUAUAACUGGUUCAAACACGUUCCCCUCCGAGUUAUCAGUUCAAUCGGAAUUGUAAUCAUAUUAGCCGUUCAGAUGCCUCAUGUUGUUACCUCAAUUCAAUACUUCCUGUGGAAAAGUAAUGAAUUUUUUUUUUGCACAUAGGUUUAUUGGUCAGAUCCUUGUUUUUACAUCUUUCAACAGUGGUCUGUGUUUAGGGCAGCAUUUCCAUCACAAUCAGACAGACAAUGCUGUUAAUUCCAUUAUUCUGAAUGGCAUUCUCACUAAUGAAUUGUUUAUCCAGCGCCACUACAGUUGAUGGUGUGCAACCUUUUUAUCCCGCCUAUCAAUUAACUAUGCCAUAAAUGAACACUCAUUCAGUAUUGCUCUGCCUCUCGUGCUCAACUGUUACAGUGGGGUUUUUAAUGACGUUAAAUGCAGACCACUAAGCAAACUGCACCUCUGCAGAAAUUGAAGAACAUGUUUGCACAAAAUUUUUAUGCUUUAUUCUUGGCAGGAUAUAUAUUUUUAAACACAUCAAAAAGCAUUCACCUUGCUGCUGUAAAUGUCAUCUUUUGUAUAGUACAUGAAAUAAAAUAUGCAUUUUUAUCAUUAAAA